AUGGAGGUUAACCCUGCCCUCAGUGCUGCUGCUCCGGACGGUGAUGCCGACGCGGCAAAAGCGAAUUCCUCCGACGACACCAUUUGUGAUGCAGUGCAGAGGAGGUCGCCGGCGCUGAUGGCACAUCUGGAAUCGAGAGGUGGAGGAGCUGCGCGCAGAGAGGAGGUACCCGACGCUGGCGGCGCCUCUGGAGUUGAGGCAGAGGAGUUCGUCGGCGGUGGUGACGCGUCUGGAGUUAGGCGGAAAAGCUCAGCGCAGAGGAGGUCGUCGGCGGUGGUCACGCGUCUGGAGGUCGGCGGCGGCGGAGCGUUUGGAAUCGAGCGGAGAAAAAAUCAGCAGCGGCGCCGGUUGCAGAUGAGUCCUGAGCGUCUGGGGCUGAUUAGCCAGGCUGGAGCGUACGACCACAAUUGCUAG